UUUUUCUACUCAUUAGUAUUGUAGCUAAAACAUCAAGCAGAAAACGUGUGUACAACAAAAAAACAUCGUUUACUAAGUUUCUUCUAGUUUUAUUUUCGAACAAAUCCUAGUAAAUUGUUUUACAGAGCUAAAAAUGAGUUUUCCAACAAAUUGGGAUGUCAAUCGGUACAAAGCCGAUUAUGAGAGUGAUGAGCAUUGGGAACUACGAAAGGCAUUCAUCGAUGCGCACAAAGAAAAAUUCCCCGAAAACGAAUUAGUGUGUUUGGCUCAGGUGUUCACCAAUAUUGAGUUUCUUGGCUGUAAAUAUCCGAAUAAAACCAUGGAACGCGUAGCACAUUUGUCGAAAGAUGUUGCAGCCAAAUUCCGUGAAUUGCGAAACGGUCGGCUCAAGCGAACGUUCGUUGGGGCAAGCGAUGCGGCUAGUGCCAAAGCCAAAGGACGUAAUUCACAAGCCACAAAGACAAUCAAUCAAAGUACAAGUCAAAGAGCAGCAUUUCCAUCGCUUCAAAGUUCGUUUCGAAAACUAGAACCAUCCGCAAAUGAUGAAUCCACAAGCAGUACAAAUACAAAUACAGUUGAUAAUUCAAAAAAGCGUAAAAUUGCCCCAAAAUCCGACGAUGACAGCGAUGAUGGCGACAUGCCUCGUCCGAGCUUCUCAACGAAUCCAUUAUACGAAAACACAACCCCAAAACAGAACGAAGAUGCUGCUCCAUCUAACCCAAUCCAAACAAAACCACCAGCGCUGAAACAGACAAAACGCAUACCAAACACCGGUUUCAUCAUCUACGAAACCAUUGCUCAAUCGGACCAACAACAAAGUAUCAACAUUCUACAACAAAGCGCCGCAAAACAGGGAUCCACGGUAAAGUGUGACGUCGAAGUAUGCCAAUCCGAUGCAACGACACUUGAGUGCGUUGUUCGAAUCAAUGGCACCGUUUAUAGUACUGCACCAAUUACAACCGGCAAAAAAGAGGCCAAAGUGCAAGCAUUCGACUUGGCACUGGAGAAGGCGAGAAAAAUCCACUACACAAUUAAACAAAAAUCGGUGCAUACGGUGAGUGUUGAUGUCGAACAAAAUGGUAAUGAUACAAGCGCAGCCGCGAACAAUGCACAAAAGAUACAGCUAGAUGAAGGUAAUAAAGGCUUCAAAAUGAUGAAAAUGCUUGGAUGGACGGGCGGUUCGCUUGGUAUUGCCGGAAAUGGUAUUGAACAACCGAUCAGCAUCGAAAUGAAGGUUGAUCGAAGUGGACUGGGGCUGUCGGAUUCGACAAAACUCAACUACAACUUUUUUGUAGACUAUUUGACCAAAUACAAGACUAACGAAUCGGCCACAUAUGAUCUAGCAUUUUCCAAAGAAUUCACUAAGGAUGAACGAAAAACACUCCACGAAAUUGCCAGCCGCUUGGCAUUGAAAUCGAGAAGCCAUAACACCGCCGACGGAUCACGAUACAUAGUAAUAUUCAAAAAAUUAGAGCUCGUCGAUUUGGCAAAUGAAAUUUUGAACGGUGGUCUUAGAUCCAAAUGCUACGAAUUGAUUGCGCCCACUGAGCCAAAGCCCGAACAACCGGUAAAAUUGCAGAAAGUAUUACCGCCACAUUUACAGCAGCGCAAAGCAAACAAAAUUGGAUUCAAUUACGCACAACAAAAUCAACCGAAUCGCAACCAGAAUCGGAACCAAAAUCAAAAGCAAAAACGAAAGAAAUUUUUCUGAAUUUCCAUAAAAGUUAGAUAGGAUCUGAAAGAUAUACUGUGAAUUUGUUGGUUCAAAACAAACACUACUCUCUCUUUAACAUGUACAAUUUGAUUGAUUGGCUUGAAUAAUAAUUUACAGCCGUUAAGAGAUUUAACUUAAGACUCAUAAUAAAUACAUUUAUGUGCAGCGAA